AAUAAUAAAGUGACAGUUACUUUAGAAAAUAAUUAAUGCAGAAUUAUUAAAGAAAAUUAGGUAAAUUUAUGCUUUUGCGUCAUGAAAUAAAUAUGUGAUCUAUAAAAUUUUCAUGUUGUGACCAUGUUUCUUACUUGUUGCAAGAGACAAUCGAUCGCACACGCCUUCUUUGUGUUUUGCAGAACUGGGCUCACGAAGGUCCUAUCCAAACGCACGACUCGUUGUUUGUUGGAGAAUCAGAAUAACUCCUAUGGCACGUAAUGUGAACCGGGACCUGUGCCUUCGGACAAUCAGCUGAUUACUUCAGCUAGCGCGAUUUCAUGACGCAAGGCUCUUCACUGCUACCAGUGUUAAUCAUAAUGGAUGUUGUAACUUGUACCAGACUAGCAGUAAUGUUUGAGGAAUCGAGAAAAAGAAUACAAAUAACGCGUAAUAUAUUGUUUGAUUUCACCACCAUCUGGAGUGAAAGGGAAUAAAAAUGAAUGCAUACAAUGAAACCUAUAGAAUGCUUAAAGAAAGAAGUGCUUGUGUGUCUGGAAAAACCAACCAAGCAAGACAACGUGUGUGCAUUGAGGUGCAUAUGGACAACAUUCAGGAUUGAUGAAGAAGACGACAUACAGUACAUGUAAAAGAAUAAGGGGUAGAAGUUAUAUAAUAAAUUUUGUGAACCUCAGAAACGAUUGAAAAAAACCAUUGUGAUAAAUUGCAGGGACUGUACAUGUAGAACUAUCAGAAUAUGGUGCAUUCAUCAUGUAAUAUGAUAUUAAUUUGAAAACAGUGGUGCUUAAGGAAUGCAUCACAAGUCCUUGGUUUUCCACAGUUGUGUGUCAACAUGACCAUUCUCAGGAGGAAAUCAUUUAUUAUUCCUUUACUGUUUCUGAAUCUGUGAUAUCAAGCUCAAGUCUUUUUGGUGUACAUGAUACAUUAUCAAACUUAUCUGAAAAGAGAACCUUUCCUAAUUGCAAUGCUCAUCUCAGAGUGAAAGAUCACACAGUUCCACUCUCAGUCAUUGUUUUAUCUCUUUCCGUGAUGACUGAUAUUAAAAGCCUUGACAGUAACAGUGAUGAUCAGAAUGCACUGUCUGUUAAAAAUGGAGAAUGGGAAAAAUGUGACUCACCUGUAACAGUGUGUGCAGCAAGGAAUGAUAUCAUUAGAGGUCAUGAAAAAACUCCUUACUUGACAGGGGCCAAAUGUUCUGAAAUGUUUUCAAACUAUUCUCAAGUAUGCUAUCCAUGCCAGUUUAAUCAAGGAACUUUACAUCAAGAUAUGCAAUCAGUUCUUCACAAAAAAGACCAAGAAGAUGCUCCUAAUCACUUGUUAAUUUUACCUACGAGUAAUCAAAUAGAAAAUUCAUCUCAAAUUAAUUUAGACAUUUCUAGUGCUAUAGUUAAUUCUGGUAUUUCACCAAAUCACAUUGAAAUGAAAAAUGCUAAUCAAAUUAAUUCAAUUACUGAGGAUGCUGACCUACUUGUCUCAACAUCUCAUAGUAAUUUAGAAAACUCAACUUCUGUUUGCCAUCAGACAAAAAGAAUCAUUCCUAGUUCAGGCAAUAAACUGCACAUUCCAGACAAUAACAGCAAUAACAGCUUUAUAAAAUCAGAUCUUUCUAAAGCUUGGAGUAAUCAUCCAGAUGUAAAUUAUAAAAGAAAUGAAAUUAACUUUUGUGAUAUUGACAUGUUAACAAGAGAAUCUAACUUUAUUCAGUUGGACAAAAAGUCGUUUGACUGUUAUGAAGGGCUUAUUGGUGCAGUUGGAGGAUCUGAUUUACCUUUAAAUGAAACAAAACCUGAAAACAAAAAGAAGUGUAAGUGGGGAGAUCCUCCCCAUAGAUUGGGUUUAUUAGGUGGAGGAGAAAGUUCUUUGAACAAUAGUACUUCUACAUGGGAUGCCCCACCUUCUUCUGGACCAAGUACAUCUGGUUGGAGUAGCAAUAGUAAUGGAACUAAUAGUGGGCAGUGGAACUCUGAAGUCAGGCAGAGCGAUGGUGUUUGCACAGGCCAAAUAGCUAUGUCUCCUCCAAAACAACAUGGAACUUGGGCUCAAGCUGCAGGCAAGGGUUUAAGUCCUACUGCUCCUGUUUCAACUCCUAGUAGCACAAGCAGUGGAAACAAUGAUCAAGUUUCAAACAAUGGAAAUGGUGUUACAAAAGUAAGAAUAGAAGAACACAUUUCUGAUCUACGAAUUGCUGCUGCUUACAGUGAUGGUUGGGGACAGACUACUGUGAACCAAGACAGUUCUUGGGAUCUUCCUCCUUCUCCACAACCAAGUUCCAAAGAAGGAAAUAGUUCCAUUUGGAGAGCUCCUAUCAACAAUGGGACAGAAAUAUGGGAAAUCAAUAUUCGCAAUCGCAACAAAGGAGUAGGAACACCAGCUUCUAGCAGUGGUCCAACACAGCCGUGGGGCCACACGCCAUCAACUCAUAUUGGUGGGACAUGGGGUGAAGAAGAAGAUACCACCAACAUGUGGACUGGACCAGGCUCAAGUGGAUCUGUUCAUGUUGGAGGAGGAGAUGGUACACCAGAGAAAGGAAAUAAUGUAUGGGGUAAAUCAACAAACAAACCACCAGGAUCUAGCACUAAUAGCUGGUCAUCAGAAAUUAUGCCAAAGAGGCAUAUCCUCUCAUCAGGCUGGCAGGAACCAUCCCCACCAACAAAUCGCCGUCAGAUAGGAAUGACAAAUUAUGAUGAUGGUACAUCAAUAUGGGGUAACCCUCAGCAGCAAGGGAAAGUGAGCUAUUGGAAAGACAUGCCAAACAUGAAACCUAUUAGUAGUGGAGGAGGUCCUGCCAAUAACAAGUCUUCUAGUGGUGGGACCAGCUUAGCUGCUACAGGUUCUGGGAUGAUUCAUCUGCCUUCACCAAUUACCAGUGGAAAUAAACCAGAAGUGAGCAACUCCAUUUGGGGCAAACCGCCAUUACCUAACCAUGGCACUAGCUUGACAGAGAUGCCUGCUCAUGAUUCCCUAGGGAAUUCUGUAUGGGAAGAUACUAUUAAAUCUACUCACGUGAAGACCAUCCCCACCACACCAGGAACACCAUUUGGUGGGAUGGGUGGCACCUGGGAUCCUGGUAGUUACUGGAGUGCUAAGCCAAAGAGUGCUUCUAGCUCCAGUUGGACUGAAGGGCAGAUAAAUGCUUGUUCUUGGAGUGGCCCAUCCAGACCAAGUACUAAGCCAUUAACCAAAGAUAUAAUUUGGGCAAGUAAACCAUUCUGUUUGCUCACAGAGAUGGGAUUUAAGAAAAAUGAUGUGGAACAUGCCUUAAAGCACAACAACAUGAACUUGGAAGAUGCUUUAAGUGAUUUACAGUCAAUGUCAAGUCGAGACAUGCAUGGUAUCUCAGAUAAGGACAAUGUAAAUGGUAUAGGAUGGGUCAAGAUGAAACAUGGUGGUGUCUCAGAUGAAUUUGGCAUAAAUGAUCAUUCAAUGGAACCUUCUUUUGGUCCACUAAACUAUCAAGGCUCAGCUAGUUUCCAGGGAUCACAGAUGAUGUGUGGAUUUGAUGGUGGAAGCCAAAUUUUCAAACCUCCUCUCAAGAACCAAGGGUUUAGUAGCAAUACUCCUAGCCUGCUUAAUCCAGCAAUAGGUAGCCAAUCAUCUAGUCUCAAUAUGGGCAACAGUUUUAGUGGUUUGAAUCCUGCCUUGGUUCAGAAAAUAUUACAACAACAGCAGCAGCAGCAGCAACUACCACCAGUAUAUGGUCCUGUUGUAGCUCAGAAUGGUCUAGGUGGUCAUUCUGGUAGAUUAAACCACCAAAACUUACCAUCAGCAGCACAGUUAAAACAUCUUGUCCAGCAGAUUCAAAUGGCUGUACAAGCAGGACACCUUAAUCCUCAGAUUCUUAACCAGCCAUUGGCCCCCCAGACCUUACAGCUGUUAUAUCAAUUGCUGCAGCAGAUCAAAGUAUUACAUCAGUUUCAACAGCAGCUGAUCCAGUCACAGCCUUUAGGAAAAGGGAAUUCUUCCAUGCAGAUGAAUCUUCAUAUUACACAAACCAAACAAAGGAUUCUCAACCUCCAGAACCAAAUAGCUUCUCAGCAAGCUCUUUUUCUCAAGCAACAGCAACUUCCUCAUCAAGCAACCGUAUCAAGUCCCCAGCUGUCCUCUAAUGAGUUGUUCAAGCCAACUUUUGAUCCCAUGUCCACUCUCAAUCCUGAUUUACGUGACUUGUCACUAAAAGACUCUCCAUUUGGUCAAUCUCAGUCUCGUCUUCCACAUUGGAAGAAUUCUUUCCUUGAAAAGGAAGAUGUAGGACCUAAUCCAAGAGCUAAAUGUGGAGGAAGUGCCAAUGGUUCUGAAAGUUUUAGUCGUGCACCAGGUACGGUAGCAAAACCCAUGGCAUCAACAGAAAUCUCAUCAUUUAACUUGUCUUCAUCACAUUCAAGUCAAAACUUGCACCCUUUCCUGGCUCAGGGUGAUAGCACUUGGUCAAGCCUUUCAGGAACUCGGGUUGAUUGGCCAGAGUCCUCACCAUCUGUAUCUGCUGGUGCCACCACAAAAAACAGUCCCACAACUUCUAUUAGUAAUUCUAUCAAAGUAGGUGCUUCCAAUGGCAAUGGCAAUCUUUCCAUAGGAGGUAGCAAAGACUCCUCAUCUACCACUUAUUCAGCAGCUAGUUCAAAAGCCCAGUUGACAUACAAUUUAAAUGACCUAGUAGCAGAGUUUGAGCCAGGGAAGCCUUGGAAAGGUCAUUUACAGAUGAAAAAUAUAGAAGAUGAUCCACAUGUUACUCCAGGGAGUGUGAAACGGUCUCCUCUCUCUUUAAACACUAUUAAAGAUUCAGACAUUUUUAGCUGGUCAGCAAAAUCUAGUCCAAGUAUCACCAAUAGCAGUAGUGCCAUGAUGUCUUCACUGAGCACAACUUUACCUGGUGCCAACAACUGCUGGACUUGUAAUCCACCUACCUCUAAGAGCAGCUCCAACUUCAACAAACAAGCCAAUUUGAAAUCCAGUUGGAGUGCUUUGGGCUCAGGAUCUGAUGUUUGGGGAGCACCAACUCCCAAGACUCGGGGUCCACCACCUGGCCUUAUUUCUCAAGGCAGAGGCUUAGGUGGCUCAUGGAACACAUCACAUGGUGGAAGUCAUCAGAGCUGGGGUCCCAGUUUUCCCAUGGUAGGAUGGGACACACAAAACACCUCUCUUAUUCUGAAAAACCUCACACCACAGAUUGAUGGCUCAACUUUAAAGACACUAUGUAUGCAACAUGGCCCUCUACAACUUUUUCACUUACUCCUGAAUCAUGGUAUAUCUUUGGUGUGCUACUCCACUCGAGAAGAAGCAGCUAAAGCUCAAUCAGCUCUGAAUAACUGUGUCCUUGGUAAUACAACUAUAUUAGCUGAUAUCCCAAGUGAGGCUGAGGUCCAGCAAUAUUUGCAACUUGCCAGUUCUAAUGGAAUGGUAUGGGCAAGUAGUCAACCCUCAGGUAAUUCCAACACUGCCACUCCUGGCUUUCGUAACAGCAGUAAUUCUUAUCCCUUCAGUGGACAUGGAAAUGGAGCCAGUAGUUGGCUAGAGUCUAAUGCAUGGCACAACCCAAACAGCUCUCAGCUGUGGGCUUUCCCCGGUAGUGGUGGUAGCCUGUGGGGCACUUCUCCUUUUAUGACUGAUAGAGAUCAAAAUACACGUUCCUUGAUGAAUUCCUUCUUGCCUGGGGAUUUGCUAGGCAGCGAGUCUAUGUAACUUGAAAGUAUGAUUUCAGAACUGUGAAAUAUUCAGUCACAGGUUAUUUUGAGUGAACUUACAAUUAGCUGACACAUAGAUAUAUACAUAUUUAUCUCUCUGAAUAUACUAACAUAAAUCCUGAGGUGUAUUAAUAUAGUGUAAAACAAGUGAUGCUAACAGUUGGUCAGUUUGUGAUACAGAUUGUUGUGAAAAUAAAUGAUCUUAAACAUAUGUGCUUAAAGGCUAUAACAUUAAUCUAUUUACAAGUAAUUAUAAUAUUCUUAGACUUCCAGUAGCCAUAUUUCAGUGUGAUAACAGAACUGUCAAUUAUUAGCUAAAGAAAAUUAUAUAAUA